CACCCUCCCUCACAGUGAGGUUUCUGUACUCCAGUUCACUGCCCUUACGAGAAAGGCCAUAUUUGCAGUUUGUUCCUGAAAAAAAGGUGCUUAUGGUUACACAAAUCAAUAUCUAAUAUCAAGGACAAUCAGGUGAAGAAAUGAUGUUGUUUUUGUUCACUAUAUUCGUGAUGCUUUGUCUUCAGCAAUCAGUGUGUGAGGUGGUCGAGUGUUACGGUCAGUUUGAUCCGUCAUCGGGGAGAUGUGGCAAUGUUUUGGGUGCUGUAGAUAUGGAUGACUGCUGUUUAAACGUGGACUAUGGAUACAUGGAUACAGAUGGCAAUUGCAAAUCUUGUAGAAAAGCUAAAUGGUCGGAGUGGUCACCCUGGAGCUCGUGCUCAGCAUCGUGUAAGGAAGGCGUUAGGAUGAGACGGCGACGUUGUUACGGUAUCGGAAAAUGCCGCGAUCCUGAAAUGCUUGGAGAGCUACAGACAAAGGCCUGUGAAGAUAAGAGCUGUUGUCCUGAGGAUGGGGGAUGGACUGAGUGGGGCGAAUGGCAGCCGUGCUCAGUUACCUGUGAAAAAGGCUUCAAAAAGAGACAGAGGACUUGCACUGAGCCCCCACCUAAAUGCGGAGGGUCCUGUUUUGGUCCAAAUGAACAAAUCGCAGAUUGCGAAGAACCUUCUGUCUGCCCAACUCAUGGUGGCUGGUCCGAAUGGGGAAAUUGGGAACCUUGCACAGGAACUUGUAAGACAGAGGGACGUGAACCCCCUCAGCAAAGGCGCUCUAGGACUUGUACCAACCCGGCACCAUCCUCACAACCCCGGGGCCGUCACUGCGAGGGCUCGGCUACUGAACCUCGAGCCUGCCAACACCUACCUUUCUGUGCUGUUCCAGGUAACUGGGGACCUUGGACGCACUCAUCACCCUGUUCUGUGACAUGCGGAGUGGGGCUGGAGACAAAGACUCGAGAAUGUAACAGUCCACCGCCCAAACAUGGUGGCCAACCCUGCCAAGGAAACGGCAUCAAAAAAGAUAUUUGCAAUACUAAGGAACCAUGCCCAGUGGAUGGAGAAUGGUCAUCUUGGGAACCAUGGGGGGCAUGUGAAAAUAAGGCCACGAGAUCAAUAAGAUGCAGAAAAAGAGAGGGGUCACAAAAGCGAGAGCGAUGGUGUGAAAGGGACUGGAGUGGAGAAUACUGUAAGGGAGAUAUUGUGGCUUACAGGAGCUGCUUUGACAUUCAAGAUUGCAAAAUGAAACACUAUUGGACUGAGUGGAGUGAAUGGGGUUUGUGCCAUCCACCCUGCGGACCUGGAUCCAACAGGACAAGAAAACGAGAGUGCAAACCUGACGUGUCAGAAUACAAAGGUGAGAGUAAGAACUUUUAUGGAACACCACUGCUGGACUGUCCAGAUCCCGUAGAGACAGAGUCUUUGCCAUGCACAGGGGUGCCCAGUUGUGAGGAUGCUUUGCGCUGAUUUGCUUAAAUUCAGGAGCACCCCAACUGAGGCUACACUAGAAGAGGAAAAUGCCUUGUGUUUCUCUUUGAAAAAGUACAUAAAAAUAAAUACAUUAUGGCACAAAUAGCUACAAAAUAUGUUUUCAGAUGUAUGCUCAUAUAUUAAAAGCAUCCUUCUUUCAAAGCCUUCUUUCAAAAGCUCAUUUGCAGCUACAACACCUUUUGUCUUUUUGUAAAUUUAUUUGCAAUGGCACAGUCUUUGUGUUGAAACCUUGCAUGCAUGUGUACACAAUAUGGAUAACAUUCAUUCCAACAGCUUUUAUAACCUUGCUAUUAAUAAUGAAAGCCAUGCAACGUUUGGUAGUUCUGUUUGUAAAGCAGCAGUUGUCAUGUGGCCUUAUGUUGACUUCAAAUUAAAAAA